AUGUGCGCGCCCUCUACCAUUCUCUUCGCCUUUGGCGUCUUCGCGCAGGUCGCGUUGCUUGCCUGCAUCUUCUGGACUUACACUAGCUAUGGCAACCCCCGUGAGCCGACCGCCUUAGCGGAAACCACAACUAAGACAUCAUCAAGACCAAGCGGCUUCACUCUGCGCCACCUUUUGGAUCACGGCGCUGGACAACCUGGGCCACGAGCACGAAGAUUCGAUGUGACUCCAGAGCGGUUUGCCGUUGCUGGUAUCGACUCCCGCAUCGGGCCCUUCACUAUCAAGUCGGCACCAGUCAAGAUAGAAAGGCCCGCGUUACGUGGCUACGAUGCACAGAUCCCCAUGUCGCCCAUGUGGAUCGCCGAGGAUAUUCCGGGUCCGGAUGUCACGGACAAGAACACCGUUAUCAGUUUCGCAAACAUGUCCGAAGAUGCUUACAAAAUCGGCCCUGACGACGCAGGAUGGAUGGACGUCGAUGGGCAUUACAACUCGUCGGUCCCUUUUGGCUGGGAUGACAGUGGCAUCCGAGGCCAUGUGUUCAGCGACGACACUAACUCCACCAUCAUUCUGGCGGUAAAGGGAACGACGGUAGCCAUGUUCGAAGGCGACGGAACGUCCGUGCACGACAAAGAGAACGACAACCUGUACGGCUCUUGCUGUUGCGGCCAGGGCGGCACAUAUCUUUGGCGCAAGGUAUGCGACUGCCAGACUGGCACCUACAGCUGCGACGAGCAAUGCGUCAAGAACGAGUUACGGAAGCCGAACAGGUACUAUGCCGCAACUGUCGAGCUGUAUCAGGAGGUUGUCAAAAUCUAUCCGGAUGCACACAUCAUGACGACAGGGCACAGUCUAGGAGGCGUCCUCGCUUCUCUGAUCGGCCUGCAGCACGGUAUCCCCGCGGUGACGUUUGAAGCAUACCCACAAGCCUUAGCAGCUAAGCGCUUAGGACUACCAGCUGCUGGUGACGUUGCUCCACUCAGGAAGAAUACAGGUGGCUUCCAUUUCGGGCACACCGCUGACCCCGUGUACAUGGGAACUUGCAACGGUGCGACGAGUUUCUGCUCUAUUGGCGGAUACGCCUUUGAGACCCUUUGCCAUACCGGAAAGAAGUGCGCAUACGACGUGGUCAAAGACUGGGGUUGGAGGCAGAACACACAGACACACAGCCUUAGAUACGCCAUUGACAACGUGUACAUGAAGUACGACGAGGCAGCAAAAUGCCAAGAAGAGGAUGUUGGUUGUGUCGAUUGCUACCUAUGGAAGUUCGAGAACGGGACGAAAACCACGACAACGAGUACUUCUACAACACCAACAAGUACCACAUCAUCGAGGACGCGGACGGAGACAUCCCGGAUGGUUCGGCUGCAAAGACAAGACGACAGCUACCGGUCCUAUUACGUCUGCUACGACCACUACUACAUCAGCUGCACCGACAACUACUUGCACCUCGAAGGGCUGCACAAAUUGGCCAUCAAACAAGCUCUCUCUGCUGUGAACACAAUGCUUGACUUUGACUUCCACCUCACAACACCUCGUCUCUUCAUAUCCCACCUUAACCCUGAGGACGAUGCUCAUUGCGAUUUCGCAUACGAGCUAGUGUUUAGCCCAGGUCCCGCUGAGCAGAAGCCCGCAGUCGAUGCGGAAAAGACAGAGAUCACACCCCCUCGCGAUGUUGGGAAGAACUUCAUCGCGAAGGAUAUUGAGAGGAUGGAGCAAACAGGCUAUGGUCGCUACCUGGUCUCGCUCAGACAAAACUCAGCUUUGAACAUCAAUUCACCGCACGAAGACGAAAACGUCCCUUUCUCGAAGAGACGACUAACGCCAAUCGGCAUCGUGUCAAUGCAACUCGCGCGCUUCCCGUCCGAACCGUCCGCACCAACGAUCCCAGAUGUCGGGUUCACUUUCCGCCCCCGGUACCUUGGAAACGGGUACGCUACUGAAGCUGCAGCGGGCUUGAUGGAGUACUACACAGACGAGAAAGGACUCAAGGAGUUUUGCGGUUUUUGCAAACCGGAGAAUACAGCAAGCGCAAAUGUUCUGAAGAGGUUGGGGUUCGAGGAGAGGGGUCUAAGGGAGGACGAUGCUGUGCGACAAAGACUUGAUCGCGAAGCUGCCGAGGAUGGAACAUCACUCUCACCAACAUUGAGCAGAGAUGAUCAACAAGGCGAUACAGUGGUGCCUCUUGAGGGUCGCAUCCUCCGUGACGCCCAGGGAAAGUCUAUAUUCAUUGGCGACUGCGCCCCGCUAUCUUUUCUGCAGACAGUCAGGCAUCUCAUCACAUCCGAGGUGGACCCAAGAGCUACUGUUCAAGCUACACGCGACCCCAUCAUUGAGAUCGCUCGGCCUGAUUCAGCGGAUCAACAUUCAUGUCCUCCUAUUGAUGUGCAUCAGGUCGACGCACUAGUCAACGAGUUCAUGGCUGCAAGUAGUGGCCUCGUUCAGCUCUUCCAACGAGAGGAUCUUGCUCCCGAACUGAAAGCAUGGGCAGGCAGCAGGAAUUCGAGUUCAGACGAUGCUGCAGCUGCCGUCUUCUAUCUGGUCCUUGCGAUCGGCGCCCAAGAGCGAUUAGAGGAAAAGGCAGAAGCCUGGUUCAAUACUGCUCGGGAUGUGCUUUUGAAGCAUAUGUGCAGCAGCAUGAACGUCUCUACUGUUCAAGGCUUUGCCCUCGUAGCCAUCUACAUGCUCCGAGCGUCUCAGCCGAAUGGAGCCUACUUAUACUUCUCCCUGGCUGCGCGUGCCGCAUAUGCAAUCGGCAUACACCGAACGGAAGUGAACGCAUCCUUUGGCGAAACCAUCAAGCUGGUGCGAGACCGGAUUUGGAAGAGCAUUCGCGUCACCGACCAGUUGAUAAGCAACGCAUUAGGCCGACCUCCGUCCACAUCAGAUGUCGAUUGCACCGUCAAAUACAACACUUUUGAAGACAACACCGAAACCGAUGAUGCCAAUAUACUGGAUGCCAGCGUCCAGAUCUUCAUGAUUAUUGAGCGUGUCGUCGUUGAAGUGUACUCUCGCAAACGCAUAUCAUUACGCAUUGCAGACUAUGUUUCGCGACAGUUGAAGAGCUGGGCGUCCAAAUGGCUGCAGAAAUUAUCUCAUCUUACGACCAGACCUCAUUCUCGAGAAGCCGUAGUGGGUGCUUGCUCCACACUCUGCUCCUAUUACUACGGCAUCAUGCUACUUACCCGACCUUUCCUCAUCUACGAGUUAUAUGAGUACAUGGGCGCUCCUCUAAAGAGCGGAGGCUCACAAGCUGAUCACCAAGAGAAGCGCAAGUACGCAGAUGCUGCACUUGAUGCCGCGUCGACGUUAGUGGAUACUCUGCUAGUCGUGACGAUUACAAAGCAGUUGCCUCGUAAGAUGCCACUGAUAGUAUCCUGGCUCUUUACGGCUACACUUGUUCUUGCUGUCGGCAUUCUUGGGGACUCGGGACUUAUGUUAGUGGACAGCUGCAAAGAUGCAAUCACUUGCAUGGACUACUUUGGUCAAGUCGACCCUCAUGCCCGGCAAUACUCACAGGUCGCGCAAUCGCUGCUCAAGAUUACCACUGCACAUGCCAAGAAGAGAGAGCUGCAUCUGCGCCGUAAAAGGAAGCAAGCAUCGUCGGAAUUGUUUGGCCUAUUGCCUGGAGAGUCAACUAACAUCGCGGCCCAAGUGGAUGAAUGCGACGCACAGCUCGGCCACGGGUCGCUGGUCUCCCGAGACUCCGUUCAGCGCCACGUGUCUUCCGCAGCGCCACUCGAUUGGACUAUAUACGAUGCCGACUUCUUUGCCAUGCCAUGGCCGAGUGAGAACGAUCAGGGUCUCCAGGAUUUCUUGCAGCCGGGCACUCACAACCUUGAUGGCGUAUCCGUGGCUGACAUACCGCUUUUUCCCAUCCACGACCAGCAGAUGGGCGGUAACUUCUUCCCGUAA